AUGGCCCCAAAACCCAUCGUCACCAUCCACUCAGCUGAAAACGCUGGUAAACGUCCAACACUAGCAUCUCAACACCUCUUAUCAGCACAAAGCCAUGCCACCACGAUCACGGACAAGCCUUACCAACACUUAGCAGUCGAAUUAGCUUGGGAAGGUCUGGCGUAUGCUCUUGGACAUUUCGGUCCAGAUGAUACCAAGUUGAAAUCGGUUGGCAAGAAAAGUUGGAGCAUGUUACCCAUGGCCACGUUGAUGCCUUAUAUGGUGAACGAACUUGUCCACUCUGACGUACUCUGGAAAAUUGAUUUUGCGAAGACACGCUGUCAAGAUUCCGACAGCGUUCCUUGUUGCGCAUCCAACUUGUCAUCCUUCCUGAAUCCCCAGCUCUUUCUCAAUGUACCCCUCCCUACACCUCAUAUGAUCUCACUAUCCCGCUCCCCCGACAUGUCAGAUAUGGUUCCAGAAGUUGAAGAAUUCAUUGAUGUCCAUACCGAUGAUACUCAGCAACCCUCCCAAUAUUACAAGGUGCUUUUGGAGCAAGCGGAGGAUGAUGAGAAGACUUCUAAGCUAGAGACUGAAGCCGAUCUUAUGGAGGAUAUCUCUCAAGACCAGGAUGAAGCUCUUGUCGGUACCAGUGGGAUAGCUGGAGAGGAUCUGGGUGAUCAUGCCACAAGAGCGAUCUAUGGGGAUUUGAGAUACGCCCGGGGUGCAUUCUCCUGGGCAUCAAGACCUAUACCUCUACCCACCCCGCCUCCAUUAGCCGCAAUCAACGAUGUCGAGGGCUCUUUACGAUUCCUGAAGUUCAGAUUGGUCCGUGGAUACGUAUUCAAGAAUGGUAUACCUCUCGCCGCAGCUGAAGAGUGUGCCGAUGCUUUGCUCAUCUGUCUUCGACCACUUUUACCAAAUAUCGAAAGCAUCCAUCGCCUCAUCAUUGCCCCUUACACCUCCGACCCCUUCCAAAUCCUCAAAGACACCCCUUUCUUGUCGGGAGGAUCACAGUCUUUCCAUUCAAUCUUGUCAUCGACCAAAAAUCCGACCAUCCGAUCGAGAAUCCAGAUCUUACUCGAUGCCCUCGCCAGUACAGCACUCCUCAUUGAUCCUUCCGUCCAACCUCUUCUAGACCAGUACACCGUCUCCGCUCCCACCACAAUCAGCCUAUCCCAAGCAGGCUUGUUAGCUGGAACACCUCCCGCUCGUCUCCUCAACGAGCUGAGAGAAUUAGAACGUGUUCCGGAUACACUCGAAGCUGGGAAAGCUGUUCGAACUUGGGGCGAAUUGCUGUACAGCAGCCGACAUGGGCAAAACGCCGAUUACUUCGGUGUACUCCCUUACGACACCCUGACUGAUUUACUGGGCUGUAAUACGUUGGAAGCAAGAAUGGUUGUUGAAUGUGGUCUCUAUGCUCUGCUUGAAGGCCCGACCAACCUCAAAAUCAUCGCAUUUGAUGACGUUUGGCGAUCGCCCAAUGUCACCGGUCAAUUAGCGCUGUUGAAGAUGGACACUGGUUUGGAGAUCGCUUCGGGAAAUGUGAUGAGUGCUAUCGUGCUACAGGAAAUAGGAUAUAAUGCUUUCUCUUUGGUCGAGGAUCAAUCCCUGCGUUUGAUUCCCAUAAAUUCAUCGGCUUUCGAUCCGACGAAGCCCUACGAAUGCCGAUCUUCCAUCCAGCUAUCCUCAAUCUACCCCGACUCCAUCUUCAAGUCUAUAUCCCCGGCGCAGAUGGUUUUAGUUUCACACCCAUGCGUGGCUCGCUGCUGA